UGGAUACCGGACCGUCUCAUGAAUAAUGCAUCAGGGCCGCCCACAGGCGCCGCGCUCGUGCCGUAAUGGAACGGCCGCGCGGCCGGGAGCGAUCCAGGGGCGCGCGCCGGCCGGAGCGGCGCCGGUCUCCCGGCAACAGCCGGCGGCGGGGCGCGGGGCGGCGCGGAGGGCGCAGCUCCGCGGCGAGUGUCGCUCCGCGGAGGGCACGGCUCCGCUGAGGGCACAGCGCCGGACACGUCUCCGCGGGCAGCAGCAGCAGGAGGGGUCGGGUCUCUCGGGCCGUAAGCGCAGCGUGUGGCGAAGCAGCUUGCCGAGGAGGGAGGCCGGCGCAGCCCCGCAGGUAACCCCCGCUCGCCCCGCGGCGUGAGCACCCAGCACACCUCGAGGGAUGUGGUGAAACGAGCCACAGGAAGAUUGUGCCGAGCUUAGUCGGACUCUGCGUGUCAGAUCUGUGUGACAGAGUGGUGGAUCACAUUGCCAGAACUGAAGGCACACGUUACGAGAAACCGCUGGGGAGUAUAACAACUCCUCUGUCGUUGCAGUAUAUUUCUGCUGCUACCAUGAUAAGACAGGGCUCAGACAGAAAAGAAAUAAAAAUGUGUCAUUUUUCUGGCUGCAUUAAUGGUUCGGACUAGAAGAGGCAGCAUGGGAGCUUCCUAGAUGGAAGGAAUGUAUAGAUUUAUAGGCAGCAGAAAAGUUACAAAACUUGUACUAAUACUUAUUAUAACCCCUGUCUGCAGCCUCCAUGCAUUAACUGUUAGGAGAAGAUUUGUCCAGUUUUGGAUAAAAUUGUUUGUAAUGGCUUCUAAUGUCAGGCUCUUUCUCAGGCACUGCAUGGCUUUUCCACCGGUGGCUCCUGAGGUGACAGCUACUAAGUUUUCUCCUGGGUCCCAGCUGAAACACCAGAAGAACAACUUUCAGCAUGGAUUCAUACUUGACAAAGAGGAAAGUUCAAAAGAUCUCUACUCACAAAAGAACCAAAGAUAUUCCUAUUCUAUGUCUUCAGAAAGCACUCAGGACAGGCCCAGGCAUGGAGGCUUCUGGUCAGGUGGACUAGAGAGCAAGGAUCUCAUCAGCCAGGCCUGUACUCUGUCAGCUAAAUCAUUAGGCAGACAUAAAGAAGGAGUGGACCGUGCAUAUCCCCUACAACCAAUUUCUCACCACAAGAGUGCAAGAGCUCCACUGCUCAACACUGGAAGUUCCCCACAUGUGCAGGAAGCUCCAAAUCAUAGAUCAAGCUCAAUAAGCAAAGGGAUGGUUUCAGCAGGGAGGUCUCAGUUAGCUGCAGUGCUCUGCCCUUGGACAGGAGAGCUUGAACCAUCAGUUCCCCAUCUAUACAGGAGAGAGCUGGCCAAUGUCCUAAAGCUGGAGGCAGAUAGAAGGAACCUAGAAGAGGCAAUUCAAAAGAAAAAGGCUCUUCUUGGAGAGAAGCUAAAGAGGACAGAGGAGACACUUAGGAGAAUUCAAAGAGAGAGGGAGCUUAUUAAGGUAGAGAAGAGAAGAGAAAGUGAAGUGGAGAGGACCAGUGAGCAAAAGGCCACAAGGAACCCUGAAGAGAAAACUUUCAGAGCUGCAGACAAGCCAGGUGUUGGGAUCUUCAGUGGGACACAGUCUGCAGAGGACACUAUCCCCAAGCCUGGCACCACUCUCCACCCCCAAGAGCUGGCAGUGGGCAAACUCAAGGAGUGGCUGGUGGCCACAAAAUAUGACAAAACAAACAACAGCAAAAUACAAGACAACAUACCCAUGGAGCAUUCAGCUUCUUGUUCAAAACUGGCCCCAAAACAUAGUCUUUCUGUCUCUGCCCUCUCAGACCAAGAUUCUGAUGACCACCCAUCAGCAGAGAUGCUAUACACGCAGGCUGCCAGUGCUGUGGAGCAGGAGGACUUUGGACAGUGCAGCUUCUGCAAACGUAAGUUUCUCUGCACAAGGCUCGAGAAACACAUGAAUAUCUGCAGCAAGAACCAAGACUCCAAGAGGAAAGUGUUUGACUCCAGCAAGGCCAGAACUAGGGGAACAGAACUGGAACAGUAUCAGCAGAGGAAGGGCUUAAGGAGUCCUCAGAGUAAAACACCACCCAGAAAGAGCAACUGGAAACAGAAGCACGAGGCUCUCAUCCACACCCUGUCGCAGGCCCGCCAGGUGCAGCAGAUCCUCGCUAAGGGGAGCAAGGUGUCUGACCUGCCCCCAUUGCCUCCCAUCGAAAAUCCAGACUAUGUUGCCUGCACCUACUGCGGACGCAAGUUUGCCCCCCGAGUAGCUGAGAGGCACAUCCCCAAAUGCAAAAACAUAAAGAAUAGGCCCCCACCUCCACCACAGAGGAGGCGCUGAUCAGGCAGUGCCCAGCUGUACCUGCUGCUGUGAUUCCCUGCCUGGUUUUUGCCAGAUUCUCAGCUACAGACACCUGUUUUCUGUAGUCUCAACACUGGCUGCAAGCUUCUAUGUACAGCAAGUGAGCAGCUCAGGAUGAAUGAGCUGAGUAACAGAACUUGUAUACUUUGACCUGCACCCUAGGUUGCCCCAGAAAAGAUGCCCCUUUCCUCAGCACAAGAAGCUCAGGAUCAGAAAUUCCAGGGGUUAUAAAAGCUAGCAAUAGCAGGAACUUACUGUUUGUAAUCUAUAUUGAAUCCUUAUGUCAAUUCAUGUGCAUAGAACAACAGGGAUACUCUAAAUUAGCCAGGCUCUUGAGGCAACAGAGCAACUAUCACAAUCAGAUUUAAUUUUUUUUUUUAAAUUGAGUUUUCCUGCAGGCCAAGUUGCUAGAAACCUCUAAAAAACAAAGCUUGCACCCUUCCUUAAGUCAUCUGCUUAUAUUCAUCUUGAUUGCUUCAAUGGUAGGGAAUGAUGACAAAGACAUAUCCUUUCUUUUGUUUUCUU